AUGACAUCUACCGCCGACUCGCGUUCACGCAGCAGCACUCCUCCUGAAAUCGAAGCGGGGACCAUUCAACAUGGAGAUUCACAACAGACAAAGAGAAGGCGACUAAGAGGAGCAUGCGACAAGUCCAAGUGCGACAGCGCAAGAAUGCCCGGAAAUAGAGAGCAGAAAUGCAGCAAGCGUAAAAAAGCCAGUCUUCAAUUGCAACAGCACUCUUACCGUCAUACCAGGUAUAUUCAAAAUCUUGAAGACAAAGUUCGAAAGCUGGAAGGCUACAUCGAAAAACUCCAUCCUGGGAAGAAUGUAUAUCGUGUAAUAGCCUUAUCAGAAGCGCAGGAAGGCUCGAAUACAUCUAUAAUCAAUCGAUCCGAGGUCCCAAAACCCGUUCGCAGUCUCUAUGGAAUAACAGAUCCUAAUUUCACCCUUCAACAAACUAUAGCCUCAAGCGUACCCUCGAGAUGUGUAUCAUUGGCGGUAGAUGGAGGGGAAAUGUCAGAAGAAGAGGACCUAGACCAGAUUGGGCUAUCAGAUCACUUGGCCAAGUUAUCAACAAAUGCCGUCGAAGAGCGAUUUUUUGGCCAGUCCAGGUUUGCGACUUUCGACAUCAAGUCGCUGGCCUGGAAAAAGUCAAAGGUACCGAAUAUCAACGAAUCCGUCGUCACACUUACUGGGACAUCAGACCGUUUCGAUGUGGAGUAUCCUAUCGAAUGUGACGAUGAAUACUGGGAGACUGAUGACCCCGAGCAAGCUUUCCGUCAGCCGGAAGGGAAGCCAUGUACCAUAACGGCCUUCGUUUGCUUCAUCAAACUGGUUGAAAUCCUGGGUUUUGCCCUGAGAACCUUAUAUACCAACAAGAAGUCCAAAAUUAUAUCAGGUUUCAUAGGAAGUGACUGGGAGGGGCGGAUGGUCGCAGAGCUGGAUUCGGCGAUGAACAAAUGGAAAGAAUCUCUUCCUGACCACUGUGCGUAUACGUCACCUUUAUGGAUAUCCUAUCUGUCCGCUCAGAGGCUUGUAGUGAAAUGGGAACCAGAGCGACAGGAUCUCCUGUUCUUCCAUCAGUCUGUGGACUUGCACGUCACGUAUAACUACGUACAAAUUCAAAUCCAUCGUCCCUACCUGACUAGGCCCUGUUGCCUAACCUUCUCUUCGCUUGCCAUGUGUACCACUGCAGCAAGAUCAACCGCCCACAUCCUCGAGGCGGCAACGACAAGAGGGAUUCGCAUUUUCCCGAUGACGAUAACUGGCGCUUUCACAUCAGGCCUGGUUAUACUUGUUGGCUUAUGGGGUGGCCAAUCCAUAGGAUAUGUUGGUGACCCAGAACGGGAUAUGCAAACUCUGGCUAAAUGUCUCAACGUCCUGAAGGAAUGCGAAAAAAGAUGGAUUUGGGCGGGGAGAUUGCGAGAUAUAAUCAACGAAACAGGCGCUCUAAAUGAAUACUAUCCUACCAAAGGCGAUAAGCGAUCUUAUGAGGCGUCCGAAGCAGCAAGCUCGAACCAAAUACCAGCCACCGUGCCUUCGGCGAUUGAUGGUCUCAUAAACACUGCAUUUACCUCUCUCACCGAGAUAGACGAAAAUCCUGGAAUGAUGGCCACUCCCGAGUUUGACUGGGAUCGACUGUUGCUCAGCGAAAUGGGUUACCUUCCUGAUUUUCCGAGAGAUAAUACAGAAACUCUUAAUCCUGCGACUUCCCACAGGGCCUAUAAUUCUCAAGGUCCAACACCGUCAGGCAUUGAGGUACCACAUUCUCAGAUCACGCCAGGAAAUAGUAUACAUUCUUCAUGGGAUAACCUUCCCAGUUCAUCUUUUCGGGUUGAAGAAUGGGACGCGUAUCUUAGAAGUAUGGGUCCAUCAUAG